AUCCCGUAUAAAUAGAUCUUUUGUGAUACACUCUGGUUGCUUGAGACAGCUCCAGUUUACACAAAAAGGUAGCAGCGAAAAUGGAAUGGUUAUUUGGAAAAAAGGUAACUCCCGAAGAAAUGCUUCGGAAGAAUCAAAGGGCCUUAAAUAAAGCAGUUAGGGAUUUGGAACGAGAAAAACUGAAAAUGGAGCAACAAGAGAAGAAAGUUAUUGCAGAUAUUAAGAAAUUAGCUAAAGAAGGUCAAAUGGAUGCAGUUAAAAUCAUGGCAAAGGAUUUAGUCCGAACUAGGAAGUAUGUGAAGAAAUUUAUGUUAAUGAAGGCGAACAUUCAAGCGGUGUCACUUAAAAUACAAACCCUACGUUCACAAAGUGCAAUGGCUACGGCUAUGAAAGGUGUUACGAAGGCAAUGCAAAGUAUGAACCGUCAGCUAAAUCUUCCCCAGAUUCAACGGAUAUUGCAAGAGUUUGAGAAGCAAUCUGAAAUUAUGGAUAUGAAGGAGGAGAUGAUGAACGAUGCUAUUGAUGACGCAAUGGAAGGUGAUGACGAUGAGGAGGAAACUGAUGCUGUUGUUUCACAAGUAUUAGACGAAUUAGGUUUACAAUUGAAUGAAGAAUUGGGUAACCUACCACAAACAGGUGGGGCCUUACCGACUAAAGGUCAGCGGCAACCAACAGCGGCUGCUGCAGCAGCAGCAGGCGGCGGCGGUGGUGGUGGAGUUGUAGGUGGUAAUGGUGGUAACACAUUGUCCGAUGCGGAUGCAGAUCUUCAAGCGAGACUUGAUAAUUUAAGGAGGGAAUAAUUUUUACUCAAAUUGUUAAAAAUAUUAUUGAAGCUUAUGAUCAUUUUGUAGUGAGACGGUUUUUCAAAUUAUUUUUAUAUACAUUUUCUGAAUAUAUAUUAUGUAGGUAUUGUUAAAUUGUAAAGUGCAACUAACAAUUAUAAAUAUGAUUAAUGUUA